UCAACAAACAUUUUCCUCACAAAUAAUCUCAGUCUAGAACUACAGUCGACCACAAUGUUCUACCAGGCAGACCCGGGGUGGAACGUGACCUGCGGUUUUCCCGCGCACACCUGUAACCACAGUUUGGGCUCACAACUUACCUUGCCUACUUUCAGCACCGCGGCGAAAGUUCGCGUCACCAUCACAUUCGUCCUGUGCGCGGUCUCUGGAAUCUUCAACCUCGCCGUCCUCUACAGCGCCUACAGAGGCCGUCGAAAAUCCCACGUGCGUUUGCUGAUGAUGAACUUGAGCGCAGCAGACUUGCUGGUGUCGUUCGUCGUGAUGCCGCUGGACGCCGUGUGGAACAUGACGGUGCAGUGGCUGGCGGGAGAUUUAGCUUGUCGGCUUCUGAUGUUUCUGAAGCUGAUGGCUAUGUACGCUGGCGCCUUUGUCACCGUGGUGAUAAGUCUGGAUAGACAGUCUGCCAUCUUGAACCCCCUGGCAAUCAACAAAGCCCGGACGAGGAACAAAAUUCAGCUGACAGUGGCGUGGACGCUGAGCGCUGUUCUGUCACUGCCGCAGGCUCUCCUCUUCCACCAGGUGACCAUCACCUUCCCCGAGCGCUUCACACAGUGCACCACGCACGGCAGCUUCAGCCAGCGCUGGCAGGAGACGCUCUACAACAUGUUCACCUUCAGCUGCCUCUUCCUGCUGCCGCUGCUCAUCAUGGUCAGCUGCUACACACAAAUCCUGCUGGAGAUCUCCCGAGGCAUGGUGGGCCACAGCGCGUCGGCCAAUGAGGUUCACCUGCGGCGCUCCAACAACAACAUCAUCCCCAAGGCCCGCCUGCGCACACUGAAGAUGAGCAUCGUCAUCGUCAGCUCCUUCAUCGUGUGCUGGACACCAUACUACCUGCUAGGUCUGUGGUACUGGUUCAGCCCAGAGGGCCUGGAGCGGGCCGUGUCAGACUCCCUCACCCACCUCCUCUUCCUCUUCGGCCUCUUCAACGCCUGCCUGGACCCCCUCAUCUACGGCCUCUUCUCACUGCCGCUCUGCAGGCGGAGACGCAGGCGCAGGCCGCAGGCCAUCGCCAUGGAGAUGGAGAGCACGACGCAUUUCGUCACUCUCAGCAGCAGGAGGCUGCCGGGGAUGGAGGUCUGCGCGGGACACACAGAGCGGGGUGAGGAGGUUCAAAUGCAGGAGGUGCAACGGCAGGACUCUGGGAGAGGAGAGGAGGGACUGCUGCUCAAAUCUGAUGAACUGCUGUGAUACAGCUGCACCGGGCUCGACAGGCACUGGACAUGCAGUGGCUCAUGGUACCUACAAUAAUUCAGAGGCUCAAAACAGCCUUUUUCAACUGCUGAACUGGACCUGUAAUCAGUUUUCUCUCUCUCUCUCUCUCUCUCUCUCUCUCUCUCUCUCUCUCUCUCUCUCUCUCUCUCUCUCUCUCUUCUGUCUAUUCUAAUCUAUUCAGGGAUACAGAGAAGGACGGUAAUGAGAGGAAUAUGAAUUUCCUAUUCAAAUAUUUUACAUGGUCAGUAAUAACUGCACAGUACACUUCCACACAAAGAAGAAAAAACAGGCCAUUUGCAUUUACUCAGUAUGAUUAACAUGCUUUGUGUGAAUAUUGUACAGAAUCAUCUUCUAUUGGUAUGCAACAUUUUUCAGUUAAAUGAGACUGUGGACAUACUGACAUCUCCUUGGAUCAUGCCAUUGAUGCUGUGUGAAUAUUAAGGUCCAUUAUAUGGCACAGACACUCAAUGGCUCUGAGGAAGACUGAGUUUUCAUGUGCAUUGUGUAAUUUUCUGUUGAAAAGAGAUGUAUUCACUUCAGCUGGGUUGUCAUUCAUUCUCUCAUGUCAUUUGAUGUUAGACAUUUUAUUAACUUUAUCUUGUGUGGCCAGGUGGUGUGUGUGUGUGUGCCCUUUGUGGCCCCGCAAGAAACUGGAAAAGUUGCCCACUCAAUUAUCUGUAGCCUGCUAUUGCAGUGACCUAUUUACAAGUCUGCCAAAAAGUCAAUAGAAUCACUGCAGUUUACUUCAAACCUAGCCAAAAUAAAGGAAAGAGA